AGACCGUGAAACAAAAUUCAAACAAAAUUCGAAUAAGCCGACCACCUCAUGCACAUGAGAAGAAAAAGAUGAUAUACACGCCAAAGGUGAUUCAAGCCAGUGGGGUGUCUCCGUCUUUAUCCUCAUUCCAGGGUAGGAAAAACUUGAGACCAACUCCAAAUGGAUUGGAAAUUACUCAACCAUCUUUAACUUCCUUAUCAUCGUCGGCAUCCCUCGAGUCUUUCCAUAAUGAUAUCUCAAUUGAUCAUGAUAAAGCAGUUGCAGAAAAGAAAAAAGGUAGCUCGAAGAUGAUGUACAAGGUUAAACCUAAAAGGGCAUUGAUGAUUACCUCGAAUAAUAAGCAUUUACACGGUAAUAAGUUGAAUUUCCAGAAACGAGAGCCCAUUGACAGCAGAAACGAUGAUAACCGAAAAGGCAAAGUCGAGGACUGUUCCAAGGGGACUCAAGUUUAGGCAAAGAAUAAACGGUGAUAAUCAAAACAGUAGAGUCGAGGAGUUUAAGCCGAAUAGACUCGAGUUCAGGCAAAGAGUAAAUGCUGACAACACAAAUGGUGAUAACCAAAACAGUAGAGUCAAGGAGUUUAGGCCAAAGAGACUCAAGUUCAGGCAAAGAGUAGCAGCUGAAAACCGAGAUGGUGAUAACCAAAACAGUAAAUUCGAGGAGUUCACUCCAACUAGACUCAACUUCAGGCGAAAAGUGAAUGCUGACAACAGAAAUGAUGAUAACCAAAACAGUAAAACCGAGGAGCUUUCUACAAGAACACUCCAAUUCAGGCAAAACUCAAUUGUUGACGACAUGAAUGCUGAUAACCAAAACAGCAGGGUUGACGAGUUUACUACGACGAGACUCGAGUUGAACCAAAGAGCAAUUGACGAGAGAAAUGCUGAUGAUGAAAAUGGAAAAGGUGAGGUCUCUACUCCAACGGAACUUAUUUUCAAGCAAACAGAGGUUGAUGGAAAGAAAAACAACUCUGGAGGAAUAGAAGCCGAUGUCGUCGUGAUAACACUAAAAUCCAAUCCGAUAAAAUUUCUUUGAGACAGAGAGGUGUUAAUGAGAAGAAUGGUUCAGGAAUUUUGUAAAACAAUAUCAUUGAGCAGACUGUACGCAGGCUUGUAGAGACCAAGGCAAGUAAGGUGAAGGCUUUGGUCAGCGCUUU